AUGGGAAGGAAGGAUGACGCCAUUAAAAAGUUAAUAUCGCUUAAUUUUAGUAAAAGCAAGGCAACAGAAGCACUUAAGGAGGCUAAUGGAGACUUUGACGUUGCCCUGAGAAUUUUGCAGAACAAAAAAGUGAAAGAACAACAGGUUCCGGUGAAAUCAUUGGCAGAAAAGCCAAAGUUGAGCGGUAAUGAUGACCGCGUGGGUGACGGUGGUGAGGUGAAGCAAAGGAAACACCCGUGUAUAGUGCAAUACAAAAAAUGCCAAUAUGGAAAGUUCUGUCGACUUCGUGACUACCCGGGUGAUGUCUGCAUCAACUACUUCAAUGGUACUUGCUUGUAUGGAAACUUCUGCAAGAGACGACACUAUGUUGAUGGAGUAGACAUACGGGCCGACCAACGUCCGGAGACAAGUAGUGGAAUAGUUAAGCACCAGUCGGGCACCAUCCGUAUAUCCAGGUCAUGUGGCAAUGGGGUGUUUGUUGGGGAUGUGAUACAGUGUGUUGACGAGGAAUCGUCUUCCCAGCUUGCCGGUGCAACUCCUGAGCCAUGCCGCUUUAAUCUCAUCCAGGGCUCGGAACCUACGUAUACGGAUCCCAGAGCUCUAGAUUGGCAGUCGCGUGCUACUUCCGUCAUCGGUACCACCCCAACUCCAUUCUUGGAUGCAGUAAGGCAAAAUGCGCAGAAACAGGCUUUCGAAGAGGUCGCACCAACCUCUCCCGUCCCACUUUCAGUAACUUCUAGGGCUAUCUCAAGGAAUAAACACCCCUGUAUAGCGCAGCGCGGUUGCUGUAAAUACGGAAAGAACUGCCUUCAUGCAGACAGGGACGCAGACGUUUGCGUGUUCUUUCUGAACGGAAGAUGUGCGAGGGAAGGUUCCUGCAAGUACCGACAUGAAAGCGAUGCGGAAUAUUUGAGACGUGUUCGACCUGAUUUAUGGGGUGGAGGCUGCGAUGACGCUAGCCAAGGCGGCGAGACGGUACCACUAACCGCCGAGAAGGUGUUGAAGGAUGUGACAAGAGCGCGGUGGUGUCAAGCUGAUGAUGGGGAGGUUAAGGAUGGGGAAAGAUACCAACAAACCGGUGUUUCCCUCUCGGAUUUUCUUCCGACCGCGCGUGUGGACGACGCACCCGAGGGCGGUACCCAGCGGGGGGAGCACGAUGAAGAUUCGAUGGCACCUGACCAAAGCGGGGACAAUGAGUUUGCCUCGCUUCUGAGUUUGAUUGAUGCGUUCCCAAGCGCCGAACCAUAUUUGUUGCUGCACGCCCUUCGCUGCGCUGACGGUAAUCCCCAUUACGCCGCCGACGUCAUAAACCGAGUGAGUAAUAUUGAUUCCACUGAGGAUAUCGAUCUUUGCUUCCUAGCAAGCCGCUUGGAAGACGAGGAUGAGGAGAGAGAGGCCGCAAUCCGGGACAAACACGAGUGGUUUCUCACACUCUGCACGCUGUUUCCAGGCGUAGACACACCGUCGAUUCAAGCGGUGUUGGAUCGAUGUGGAGGGGAAUACGGAGAGGCCUACGACAUUUUGCUUUGCCAAAGUGGUUCAGUAACAGCGAAGGCUUAUGGGACCGCCUGGAGCGGUAAAGUUAAGGGAAGCGAAGAGGCUCGCGUGGAGAAGUUGUGCGGCAUGUACCCGGGACUUCCCAAGGACGUGGUACAGAAUGCCUUCGGGACUGCUGAUGGCAAUUUUCUCGUGGCAAGCGGUAUAUUGAAUGAUAUGACCAAAGAUAUGUUGGUGGCGGGAGACGUUGUUGCUGAUAGCCACCCCUGUCCGGCUCGCGGAAAGGUUGUUGUUACGACGAAGCGAACGUCCGAAGAAGAUGAACCGAAGAAGGUGUCGUUCCAGUUUCCGGUGAGCAGCCCAUCACGCGAGGAAGUGGAGGCGUUUUACAACAGUGUGAAGAACGAGGUACGAGAGCUUGGUGAUUGGCGACGGGUGCGAGAGCAGGCGUAUAUCAUCAACAGUUGUCGUAUCCGCGUGCUCAAGCACGCUGCAGCGGCAUACCGACGUGGUGACGGCGAAGCCGCCAAGACUCUUAGUCGUCAUGGGAAAGAACUUGGUGCCCAGUAUCAGCGUCUCAACCGCAUUGCGAUGGUCGCACUGGAGCGGGAGCGUCUGUAUAGUAGCCCAGUCGUCACGCUUGACCUCCAUGGCUUCCACGUUGAGGAGGCGAUCGAGGUAGUGCGACGUCGUGUGAAGUUGUGCCAGCAGAAAGGUGUGAGGAACCUGCAAAUUGUCACUGGCAGUGGCAAGCACAGCCGUGGCGGGAACUCUGCCCUUCACUCCGCAGUGCUGAAGCAGCUUCAGGAGGAUACGCAACUAGACGGCAUCGUUAAAAUCGGGUCAAUAAAACCUGCUUUUUUUGACGUUCAAAUUGCACCGCGGCGUAAGUAA